AUGCUCUCGCGCAUGAAUCCCGCCACGUCCUCGUGGGACGCCCACCGCGAUGUCGAGGCCGUCUUUAUCGCGGACGGCAGAUCCGUGCUGCAGUUCCGCCCGCGCCCCCCCGCGCCCGCCGCCAUGAUGAUCACCGACGACUCGGGCCUCUCCGAGGAAGCCGCGUCCACCGGGUUAGCCCGCAUGCCUUCAUCCUCGUGCUUCCAACAGCCGCCACGCAAGUACGUUCCCUCCCCCUCCUCCUCCCACUCCUCCUCCUCCUCCUCCUCCUCCUCCUCCUCCUCCUCCUCCUCCUCCUCCUCCUCCUCCUCCUCCUCCUCCUCCUCCUCCUCCUCCUCCUCCUCCUCCUCCUCCUCCUCCUCCUCCUCCUCCUCCUCCUCCUCCUCCUCCUCCUCCUCCUCCUCCUCAUAUUCUUUCUCCCUUAAACCACACCUCUCCUCCUCACAGCUUGUGCACUCCCCUUCUCCUUUUAUUCACUUCCGCACCCGUCUUUCCCUCUCCCAUGCCUCAUCUAAUCCUUCACCGCCGCACCCAUCUUUCCCCACCUUCCCCCCACCUUCCCCCGUGCCUUUCUCCCCGAACCGCCCCCACUUCACCACGCCGGCUUCCCAGCCGCGCCAGCCCCCGUCCGCCGCGCUCUCGGCGUGUCCGCCGCCGUAUCCGUCCGCCUCGUCCCCCGCGUCUCCGCCGGCCGCGCUCGCGACAGCCUACUCCGUGCGCUUCCUCCUCUCGUCGCAGGCGGACGCCUUCGCGCGCGCCCUCGCCUCCUGGCAGUCGCGCUCCGCGCCCACCUCCGCUGCUGCUGCUGCCACGGGCGGUGCUGCUGCCGCUGCCUCUGCUGCUGCUGCUGCUGCUGCUGCUAGUGGUGGUACUGGUGCUGGUGGCAGGUCAGCAGUGGGAGCGGGAGCAGGCAGCGUGGAUUGUGAAGGAGGGGGCAUUCAUCAGAACGGCGUGGCAUCAGGGGAGGCCCGAGAAGAGACCGGCACUGCUCCAACUGCUCCUGCUCCUGCUGCCGCUGCCGCUGGUGCUGGUGCUGGCGGCGGCAGUGGCGAUGGCGAGGCGGGCGCGAGUGCGUUUGAUCGCAAGAUCGAGGCGUCCAGUGCUAAGAUGUACUUUCACUACUACGGCCAGCUGCUGCACCAGCAGAACAUGCUGCAGGACUACGUCCGCACAGGUGCGCGCCUCUCUCUCUCCACCCCUCUCCGCCCGUCUCCGCCUCUCUCCGCCUCUCUCCGCCUCUCUCCGCUUCUUUCCGCCUCUCUCCGUCCCUCUCCGCCUCCGCGCGCGUCCCCCUUGUCGGCACGCACUGUGCGUGCGGGCGCAAGGCCUUGCGGGCAUUGGAUCCCAUGUGUGCCGACGGGCGGACGCGCGGACCAUACCACCACUCCCCGCACCUCCCGCCUCCUCACCCGCCUCCCUCCAUUCCCUCUCCCCUACGCUCUCCUCCCCUCCCCUUCCCUUUCCCCUACCACCCCCCCGCUCCCCGCCCUCCGCUCCCCUCCCCCCCCCCCCCCCCCCUCCCGCUUCCCCCCGCGCCUCCCCGCGCGCGCAGGCACGUACUACGCGGCGGUGAUGGAAAACCGCGCGGACUUUGAGGGGAAGAUCGUCGUGGACGUGGGCGCGGGCAGCGGCAUCCUCAGCCUCUUCGCCGCCCGGGCGGGGGCGAAGCACGUGUACGCGAUCGAGGCGAGCAACAUGGCGCACCACGCGUCCAAGCUCGCGGCGGGCAACCCGCUGCUGGGCCAGAACAUCACUAUAAUACACGGCAAGGCGGAAGACGUGUCGCUGCCCUUCCAGGCAGACGUUCUCAUCUCCGAACCCAUGGGCACGCUGCUGGUGAACGAGCGCAUGUUGGAGACGUACGUGAUCGCGCGCAACCGAUUCCUCAAGCCCGGCGGCAAGAUGUUCCCCAGCGCUGGCAGGAUCCACGUGGCACCCUUCUCUGACGAGUACCUCUACGUGGAGAUGGCCAAUAAGGCGCUCUUCUGGCAGCAGCGCAGCUACUACGGAGUGGAUCUCACGCCCCUGCAUGGCGACGCACUCAACGGCUACUUCGCCCAGCCGGUGGUGGAUGCGUUUGACCCGCGCAUCCUCAUAGCGCCCAGCACGGCCCACACCAUCGACUUCAGCACUAUCCAGGAGGGUGAGCUGUUCGAGUUGGACAUACCGCUGUCCUUCAAGUCCACCAUGGCGGCGCGCCUGCACGGCCUCGCAUGCUGGUUCGACGUGCUCUUCAGUGGCAGUGUGGUGCAGAGGUGGCUAUCAACAGCGCCAGGGGCGCCCACAACGCACUGGUACCAGCUGCGCUGCGUACUCGCACAGCCGCUCUACGUCUUUGCCGGCCAGCUCAUCACAGGUCGGCUGCACCUCGUUGCACACAGCGCGCAGAGCUACACCAUCCACCUCACCCUCUCCACCCAUGCAUGGAGCCCAGACGGCACAGUGGGGGGCGUGUUGCAGACAUCAAGCGGCAAGCUGGAUCUCAAGGAGCCCUACUACCGCAUGAGCCAGGCGUCCCUCGCAUGGACGCAGGAGCAGCCGCAGGUGCAGGCGCAGCCACAGACACAGCAGCCCCAGCAGGUGCUGCAACAAAUGGCCAUGCAACAGAUUCUUGCACAGCAGCAGCAGCAGCAGCAGCAGCAGCAGUUACAGCAGCAGCAGCAAAUGCAGCAGCAACAAGGGUCGGGGGAUUUGGUAAUGGCAGCAGAGGCGGGAGGAGUAGCAGGGCAGUCUGGGCAAGCAUCGUCCAGCGCUGCCCAAACGAGCAGCCAGGUGAUGGUGUGA